AACUGCGACCCGUAAAUCUGAGUGUCAUGAAGCAGUCUGCCACCUCCCCGUGGAAAAGAACUCUGAUCUGAUACACGGGUGACCACCACAUAAAAUCAUCCUGAAUAAUUGGUCAUAUGUGUACUUCUAGGCAAAACAAGCAACAAAAUCACAAAAGCAACAAAAGCUAGCAUUAGCAGGGGGCUAUGAUACAUGUGGUAGCUGGACAGCUAACCAUACCGUUAUUUACAAUCCAAUCUGCGUGGGCUGAGCCGACAAAAGUAAAACAACUGGCAAGUAAACCCGACAUGAUUUACAUAUUGGACAACAACUAAAAUACUGUCAAUGUCCGUGGGUUGUAAGACGGAGCAUCAAGACCCUAGUUAAGCCGCAGCCUUCGCUACCAAAGCUAGCACCGCUAAGUGCUGUCAGUCACACCGGAGUCACUCGAUUCAAGAGGCACCAGGGCCAAGGCUGUUUACUUAACAAGAGUACUAAUACGUGCAACCACGUGGCAUGAUAUGUACCAAAGAUCGCUAACACAGACAUUUGUUCUUCUGAAGAGUUAAGACAGUAAUGAGGUUGGAUAACUUGAGAAAAUUCCAACAAGUUAACCUUACCAGCUGCUCCUGAGUUGUCAGGGCUUCCGCCAUCUUGAAGCCUCCGCAACGUCGCAGCGGGCGCGCCCACUAUCCCUCGCCCCCGCCCCAGACUACUCCACUCACCGAUUUGCCGUACGUUUGCAUUAUUUACGUUUACCAAGUUUACCACUAACCAGCCAUUGCAUCUAUUUAUCUAUUUCAAUAAUCGUGGUGCAGCGUUAGAUAUCUCGUCUUUGGGUUUCCCCAUACAAUCUUACUUGUCUUUAUUGAACUCAUUGGCAACACAUAUAUUAUAUUGCAUUUUCUUCUGCAUUAAUUUAUUUUAUGGACCUAACUCAAACUGCAACAACCUACUGUAACCACUAAAUAACCAACACUUGACCCGAGCCGGAACUAUUGUGUUGUCUUACGGACUUCUUUCUCAGAAACCCCUGGGCGGAGCUUCACCUGGCGGAUUUUUUCAACUGCUCACGGGAAACAUGUUUACAUUUUUUAAUUACAAACUUUGUAAUACAAAGUACUGAUUCAGGAAACAUUACCAAGUCAAUUUAGUAAAGGUUUCUUGUAAUAAUGGUUCGACUAAGUUCAUAUCAGCUUUCUGUAAUUGGAUGAACCAGUGUCAUGGGAUCAUCAUGGUUUCACUACUAAACAACAUUUUGUUUAUCUGGCGUUUUCCCUGAACAAUAUGCUACUAUGAGCAAUGCUCCUCACCCCAAAAAGAAAAACUACAUGGGAUUGCACCAUAUCAAGAAAACCCGAAGGGCUGAAUCAAGAGAUAACUGCACUCCAGUGGGCAUUAGUGACAAACCAAGCAUAAGAGGGAACAGCAUCAUUGAGGGAGGAGCAAGACCUCAAUUUGGAGAAUCCACCAUAGCUCUUGACGAAGAGCUAUUGCAGGUGCUUGAUGCCGCUGAUGCUAUAAAACCUUCAAAUGCUGUUCACACUGACAAUGUAGCCUCUGUUAUACCAUUGAGAGGCUAUUCAACAAUUUCAAAGAAUCAAAAUAAGGUUUUAACAAGUAAUACCAUUAGCAAGAUGUGUACUGCUCAGCCAGAUAAAAAUGUAUCUACAAAAGGUGCCAAUGUCCCAAGGAGUGUGUGCAAUAAUGUUGGUAAUCGCCAGAAACCUGGCUGGAGAGACGACUGCCAAGGUCUUGCUCAGCGUCUGCUUUUCAAUGAAGAGGAAUUGCCCCAGUCUACCUCAAGUUGCACUGUGACAGAGAAAGAAAAUCCUGUGCAAACAACAGAUAUUACUACUAAUACACAGAAUCAAUCUCCCAGAAGAACACACUUACCUCGGAGUGUAGAUAAAGGCAAAAACAGAGAGCACCUGAAUGCUUCCAGAGACUACAUAUUGUUUAGUCCUACACAGUUGGCAAAGGCUAGAAAACGGGCCAAACUACAGGAGUCAUUACAGAAUCAGUCUGCGUCAGUGCUUACGGUUCCCACUGGAUUAGAUGCUACGACUCUGAAUAACACAUCAAUCCAACCAGGCACUGUUAUGUGUGCUCCAGAAGAGCAGGCAGAGAAGCUGUUGUUGUCCAGUUGGGGUUUACCUAAACCUGUUCUGGAUCGUUACUGCAAACUUGGAGUGACUCAUAUGUUUGAAUGGCAGGCUCAGUGUCUAGCAGUUGGCCAUGUUCUGCAUGGAGGAAACCUGGUUUACUCUGCUCCCACUAGUGCUGGAAAAACACUAGUAUCAGAACUACUCAUGUUAAAGCGAGUACUGGAGACAAAAAGAAAAGCCCUUUUUAUUUUGCCAUUUGUGUCCGUGGCCAAAGAAAAAAUGCAUUACCUUCAGAAUGUGUUUGAAGAAGUGGGAGUUCGUGUAGAGGGAUACAUGGGCAGCACUGCUGCUGCAGGCGGGUUUUCAUCUUUGGAUGUUGCUGUUUGCACUAUAGAAAAGGCAAAUUCACUCAUCAACAGACUUAUUGAAGAAGAUAAUAUGGGAUUGUUGGGUAUGGUGGUGGUUGAUGAGUUGCAUAUGGUUGGUGAUUCUGGAAGGGGGUAUCUGCUUGAGCUCCUCUUAACAAAAAUUCAAUACCUUUCACUGAAACAAAACUUAACAGGGUCACUUUCUGAGGGUGUACAGAUUGUUGGUAUGAGUGCCACUUUACCAAACCUUUCCCUUUUGGCCAAAUGGCUUGGAGCAGAGCUUUAUCAAACUGACUACCGGCCUGUACCACUUCAGGAGCAUCUAAAGAUUGGAAGCAAUAUUUACAACAAGAGUCUUUCUGUGAUUCGACACUUUACACCUGCACUGAGUGUUAAAGGUGAUGAUGACCAUAUUGUUAGUCUCUGUUACGAGACGGUGAGUGAGGGACAUUCUGUGCUGCUUUUCUGCCCUUCAAAGAAUUGGUGUGAGAAACUUGCAGACAGCAUUGCAAGGGAGUUUUACAAUCUUCAUCAUAAAAAAACUCAUUGUGAAAGAGAUCAUCAGCCUGUGACCCUGAAUAUAGAGGGUCUGGAGGAAGUAGUUGCACAGCUAAAACGAACUCCUGCUGGCUUGGACCCUGUACUCCAGCGCACUGUCCCGUGGGGCGUUGGCUUCCACCAUGCAGGCCUCACAUUUGAUGAGCGAGAUGUUUUAGAAGGAGCAUUUCGUCAAAGUAUAGUGAGGGUCCUGGCUGCUACUUCUACACUCUCUUCUGGGGUAAAUCUGCCUGCCAGAAGAGUCAUCAUUCGGACUCCUACCUUCAAUGGGCACAUAUUGGACCCUCUCACAUAUAAGCAGAUGGCAGGGAGAGCUGGGAGGAAGGGGGUGGACACUACAGGUGAGAGUGUAUUAGUAUGUAAAGAAGCAGAGCGACAGAAAGGCAUAACACUCCUCAAAGGUGAUCUUCAGCCAAUCAGAAGCUGCCUAGUAAAGAGGGAGGGAGAGGGUGUCACCACUAGUAUGCUGCGGGCCAUCCUAGAGAUAAUUGUUGGAGGUGUUGCCAGUAAACCACAGGAUGUCCGCUUGUAUGCCUCAUGUACGCUUCUGGCUGCUAGCUUGAAAUGUGAGGGGAGACCGACAAAUGAAGAGACCAAUCAGGGGGCAAUUGAGGCCUGUGUUGAAUGGCUCAUGGACAAUGAAUUCAUAAAUAUCCAAAAAGAAGAAGAGGAGCGGUACUGUCCAACUCAACUUGGUGCUGCCACCCUAUCUUCAUCUCUCUCACCUCCUGAGGCUUUGGGAAUAUUUGCAGAUCUCCAGCGGGCUAUGAAAGGCUUUGUUCUGGAAAACGACUUGCAUAUUUUGUAUUUGAUUACUCCACUAUAUGCAGAAUGGACUACUAUAGACUGGUAUCAGUUUUUCUGUCUGUGGGAACAACUGUCGUCUUCCAUGAAAAGAGUUGCUGAGUUAGUAGGCAUCCAGGAAGGCUUUCUCGCACGGUCUGUCAGCGGAAAGCUUGUUGCCAAGACAGAGAAGCAGCGUAGGCAGAUGGCUAUACAUAAACGGUUUUUCACCACUCUUGUACUGCAUGAUCUUGUGAAUGAGGUUCCUCUGGGAACAGUGGCAUCCAAAUACAAUUGCAAUCGUGGGCAGUUGCAGUCUCUACAACAGUCUGCUUCAACAUACGCAGGUAUGGUGACAGUUUUUUGCAAGCGUUUGGGGUGGCACAACUUGGAGCUGCUGUUGUCCCAGUACCAGACAAGACUGAGCUUUGGAGUUCAAAGGGAGCUGGUUGACCUGGUCCGGGUUUCACUGUUAAAUGCAACUAGAGCCAGAGCACUUUAUGCACAAGGUCUCUGUACUGUUGCUGAGCUGGCCAGAGCUACUGUGGAGAAUGUACAAAAAGCACUGAGGAAUGCUGUACCAUUUAAGAGCUCUAAACGUGCAGUGGACGAGAGUGAGUUUGAGGCCGUAGAGAGAAGAAGUCUGCGGUGCGUGUGGGUGACCGGUGGACGGGCCUUGACUGAACAGGAAGCUGCAGUAGAGGUCAUCUCUGAGGCACAGAUGCUACUUCAGGAAGACCUAGCACAGUUAGGAAUACAAUGGGACCCUUUAAUACGUCCUCCUGUAGCCCCUAGCAACCGCAAGGACAGCAAUGACUCCUCUGAAAGGUCCUCUGAAUCACUAAUGGGCUCAUGUGAAGUACAUGAAAAGAACUCUAAAACAAACUGUAUCAAAAAAACUAAUGAAGGAGGGGUUGAUAAAAAUUCAGAGACAAAAGGAGAGGAUGAUAAAAAUAUAAAGACAAAAGGAGAAGAAAAGAGUGAAAAAGCGAUAAAGGAAACGGUAAAAGAUGCAGCAACAAAUUUGAGAAAAGUAGAAGAAAACAAAAUUGAAAUUCACACCAAGUUAAAGACACAACGCAUACCUGAAAGAAGCCUGACACAAGAAUUAUCAGAAAUUGUAUCAAGUCCGUCAAUUCAAACUGUGCCUGAAGUCAUUCAACCACCAUCUUCACCUAUGCCCCCUCCCCAAUUCAGACCACUGCGCUCCAGGACUGAAAGGAAUUUUGAUGGGACAACAACUGAUGGAUCGAGAGGUAAUGGACAAUCACCACUUCAGUCAGGCAGACUUCAGCACUCUAUGGUUCUAAGUAAAGUCCUCAACUCAAUACAAACAAAAGACAAGUCAAUCAAGAAACCAAAUGGUGCAGAGUCUUCUACAAUUCCAACCACUCCAAAUAUUGCUGUUCAAAGUGCCGAACAAGAAAACAUAAAUAAAGACCUGCCAGAUGAAUCACCUGGAUCAGCACCUCUAUUCUCCCCAGAGGCAAAAAGACAAAGAUUAGCAAGUGAAGACAAGUUUUCAUCCCCGGAGCUUUAUGCGAGUCAAGAAGAGGUGAAAAAUGAUGAGAGUUUUGGGGACAGCUUUGAAUUGGACUCUCAAACAGAAAGAAUCAUGGCACAGCAGAACCAUCAAUACAGGACUGCAAAUGACAAAGGGGAAUCUAAACCAGUUGAAGGAGAUGAGGUGGAAGAAGAUUUAGAUAAGUUGAAGAGAAACAACCUUGAAACCAGGAUUGGACUUCUUGCUACAGACAAAGAAGUAGUUGCAUUUGGUUCUUCUCUCACUGAUAGCCAGAUGGAAUGUAUCCUUAACACCAGCGAUCAGAUCUAUCUGGCAAAUAAUGUGGUUGAUAAUCAAAUGGAAGGAGAUUUAAUGGAAGAAGUGAACUUGAGAAGAGACCCGCCCACAUCAGAAGAUAGCCCUGACAGAAGCAGUAGUUUUAUAUUUGACAGUUUAUACGAUAGUUCACUUUUAGGAUGCUUGAGCCCAAACAAUGGAGAAAAACAAUCAGACGAUGAGAAGACAGAAACGGCUGAACAAGGGUGUCCACAACCCUCAUCACAGGAGCGAAGGCGCAGUGAGGUCUUGGCCAAUCAGGAAGCAGAAAGACAAGAAGCUGUUCAAUGGGGUGAAUCCUCUUUUAAUCUUUCUGAGUGGGGAGACUCAUUAUUAGUUGGUGAACACUUCUUGGAAAGGCAACUUCGCCAAAAUGAGAAGACUAAAUCACCUAAUGCUGAUAAACCAUCUGAUACGCCACAAAACACUACUGAUAAUGAAGACAAAAAUGGACAGAUUAGACAAGGAAAUCAGGAAAAACUAGAAUAUGUAGUUACCAGAGCAAAUCAAAACGACACAGAGGUUAAUGAUUUGCCAGAACAAAAUAACAUGGAGGUGGAUGCAUUGCCUCAACAAUGUCUCCAACAGGAAUCUGAAAAUAAUCUUUUCUGCAGUCCUGGUGUCCAAGAGAUCUUUGACCGUUGGCCUAGUAUGACAGAACAGACUUGGCAGAAAACUACAGCAGCUACUCAUCCAACUCCUGCUUCUUCAGACACAGUGUAUGAAGCCAAAAGAACUUUUCAAAAUGUUGCAGUUAAAUCCAAGCUCGUUACAGAGAGAAAAGACAAUGCUGUAGACCUGGUUCCUCCUACUCAACCAACAGCGCCAGUCACGCCAAGAGUCAAACUGACCACUUCUUCUGUGCAUUCACCACUUACUACUCAACCGCUCAAUCAAUCAACUCCCACACAUUUGCCAAAAACAAGAGUCUCUAAAUGCCCCACAUCUCUUGCAGAGACUAUCACAAAACCUGCAACAGUCAUGAAUCAUAAACAGGAAACAAAAACUGUCCCAGAGUCUGCUCUUGCUUCAAAUACUGAGUUUGAGAAUAAUGCUGCGUCAGCUUCUGCACAAUCAAAGCCUCCCUCUGACUUGGAAAACUGUGAGAUCGAUGAAGGAUUUAGUUUGCAAUUAUCUCAGGAUGCUAGCCCCACUUCAAGUAACCCUGGAACAUUCUCCAUCAUUGACGUUGCGAGUGACAAGCACCUCUUUGAUACCUUUAUAAAUGAAUGGAAAACAAAGGGACGAUAUGCUCUGGCUUUGGCUUGUGAAAAAAGAGCACAUCGACUGGAGCAGCUGGAAACCGGGAUAGGAGCCAGUCAUAAGAUAGCAGCAACAGCUUCUCAUAAAUCCAGUCAGGAGAAUGGUUUUCCGGUCAGAAACAAUGAGGGUCAUGUGCUGAUGGGCUUGUCAGUCUGUUGGGGGGCAAGAGAUUCAUUCUACAUUUCAUUUGAGAGAGAGCAGAGCCAAGGUCUUAGCUCCAGUUUGGCCCCUCCUGCUCUGGAUGAGGCGCUGACAGUCAGUGAGAGACUGAAGCAAGUGAAGCUGUGUCUGGAAACCAUAUCCAAUAGUUCAGGAAGAAGUACUGCCAUUGUGUAUGACGUCAUCGAGGUUUACAAAACCCUCGUACUGAGUUGUGGCGUGAGCUUGCAGAUGAACUGUGAAGACCCCAAGGUUGCAUGUUGGCUGCUGGAUCCAAGCAGUGAAGAAAAAAUUCUACACAAUAUGGUGACAGUCUAUUGCCCCGAAGAGCUCCCCCUGCUAGAAGGACUUGGAAGUGCACAUACAUACUGUCCCCGCGUCAGGGCAGCGACCGAGAGUGUGCUUCUUUAUGCUGUCAUGAAUCAGUUAACUGGGUUGCUAGAGAAAGAUGGCAUGCUUGACUUUUUCACAAGAGUUGAGAUGCCAUCCCAAGUUUGUCUUGCUCUGUUGGAAUUAAAUGGAGUAGGGUUCAGUGUGGAAGAAUGUGAGAGACAAAAACACGUCAUGCAAGCCAAACUCACAGCUCUUGAAUCGCAAGCAUACAGUCUAGCCGGGCAUAGCUUCUCUUUAACAAGCAUUGAUGACAUAGCACAGGUGUUGUAUUUUGAACUCCACCUGCCUCCUAAUGGUGACAUUGGGGGCUCAAAAACCAAGAAGACUCUUGGCUACACCAGAAGAGGGGGCAAAGUGCGACUUGGGAAGCAGUUUAGCACCACCAAGGAUGUUUUGGAGAAACUGUGCCCCCUGCAUCCUUUACCUGGUAUAAUUCUUGAGUGGAGAAGAAUAACAAAUGCCUUGACCAAAGUGGUGUUUCCACUCCAGAGAGAGAAGCGGUACCACUCUGUGCUGGCUAUGGACAGGAUCUAUCCCAUUGCACAGACACACACAGCCACAGGUAGAGUGAGUUUCACUGAGCCCAACAUACAAAAUGUUCCAAAAGAUUUUGAGAUUUACAUGCCCACAGUUGUGGGUCAGAGCCCUCCUUCACAAGAGAAAUGUCAUUUAAUCACCAAACCAGGGAAAAAGAGACGGUCUGUUAUACCUUCAGUGGCAGCCAGUAAUACAGACAGAGGCCCUGCAUUUUCAGUCAGCAUGAGGCAUGCUUUUGUGCCUUUUUCAGGUGGAAUGAUAUUAGCAGCUGAUUAUUCCCAGUUGGAGUUAAGAGUCUUGGCUCAUCUUUCAAAGGAUCAUAGACUUCUUCAGGUACUUAAUGGCGGAGCAGAUGUGUUUCGCUGCAUUGCAGCUGAAUGGAAAAGUGUUGAUCCCGAGAGUGUAAAUGACAACUUGAGACAACAGGCAAAGCAGAUUUGCUAUGGCAUUAUUUAUGGAAUGGGUGCAAAGUCUUUGGGGGAGCAAAUGGGAGUGGAGGAGGAUGAUGCAGCAUGCUACAUUGAGAGCUUUAAAUCAAGAUACAAAGGGAUUAAUGCCUUUCUCAAGGAGACAGUGAAGAACUGUGUGAAGAAUGGUUAUGUUCAAACCCUGAUGGGACGUAGGAGGUACCUGCCUGGAAUCACAAAUGCAAAUGUACACAUCAAAGCACACGCUGAGAGACAGGCAGUCAACACAACUGUUCAGGGUUCAGCUGCAGACAUUGUUAAACUCGCCACUGUCAAUAUCCAGAAACAACUGAGGAAAACCUUCCCUACAGCUCCUCUUUCCCAUCAUCACAUUCCCUCAGAAAAACCACAACGUAGGAUCACUACAUCUCAUCGGCGAGGUGCAUAUUUUGUUCUACAGCUACACGAUGAACUCAUUUAUGAAACUUCAGAAGAAAACCUUAUACAGGUUGCUCACACAGUCAAGAGAGAGAUGGAGUCUGCAGUAAAACUAUAUGUAAAACUUAAAGCUAAAGUCAAAGUGGGACCAAGUUGGGGUAAUUUACAAGAUCUAGAUAUUUAAUAAAUUUGUUUGUUGUCAUGUAAAUAAGAUAUGAAAUGGAUUUUAAAUGAA